GUGAGCACACGAGCAUCUCGGAAAUGAGAAGCGAUUGCUUUUGUCUGAUGUUUGGCUGCCGCAUGUACGCGAUUAGCCAAGCCCGUCAAGCGUGCGUCAUGGGGGAAAUUUUCUGACCAUCAUGACUGACUGGUGACAUAAGGGACGGAUUUUUUUUUGGAAGAAGAAGGAAAUAAUGCCGGUCCGCAGGGGCCACGUAGCGCCACAUAAUACAUUUCUCGGAGUAAUAAUUCGUAAAUUCGAAGGACAAAACAAGAAAUUCAUCAUCGCCAAUGCUUGUGUGCAAAACUGCGCCAUCAUCUACUGCAACGAUGGAUUCUGCGAGCUGACCGGUUUCUCCAGGCCGGAUGUCAUGCAGAAGUCGUGCAUAUGCGACUUCCUGCACGGUCAGUCCACAAGCCGCUAUGCCAUCACUCAAGUCGCUCAGGCCCUCCUGGGAUCGGAGGAACGCAAGGUGGAGAUCAUGUACCAACGUAAAGACGGUUCAAAGUUCCUCUGUGCCACACAUAUCAUUCCGGUGAAGAAUGAAGACGGCGUGGUCAUGAUGUUCAUUCUUAAUUUCGAUUACAUUCUGGACGAGGGCAGCAGCGACUCGGUGGAGAAGCUAAACCGCGCUUCCCCUUCCAAAGCUGACCAACGAAAAAGAAGAUUCUUCCCUUUCCGUUUGCCAGUUUUACCACUUCUGGGCAUCAGCAAGCAGUCCCUGCCUCAGGAAGACCCCGAUGAUGUGAUGGUGGAAUCCCCUUGCCACAGUGACGACUCCAUAACAAUGUGUAACGACCAACUGGCCAACAUCCAGGAGAGCUGGAGUCGUUCCAACCCCAACGACACUCUCAUCGUCCCCAGUUUUUCUUCCACACCCGUUUCCGGCCCGCUGGAUCACUCCUCGCCCAAAGGUCCUUGGGACAGAUUAUAUCCAGAUGCCAAGUGUCAGGAGGACACAAUUAUCGCCACGCCAUCCAUCCCGGGCCUCACUCCCACCGCAUCCAAGGAGAGCGUAUGUAGCGUUCGGAAAGCCUCAUCCCUCUAUGACGUGGACGGUUUUCGAUCCAACUCCAAGGAGGCCUCCAGGGAUCGCCACGACAGUGAAGGGCCUCUCAUCCAGAUCAAAUCAAGUCUGCUCUGCUCCACCUCCGAUUCCAAUCUCAACAAGUACAGCACGAUCAACAAGAUUCCCCUCAUCACGCUUAACUUCUCAGAGACCAACGUUGAGAAGAAAUGCCCAUCGCCACCGUGUUCGGAGAAAACCGUGAUUGCGGCCAAGGUCAAAGACCGAACGCACAAUGUCACGGAUAAGGUCACACAGGUUCUAUCGCUGGGUGCCGACGUACUGCCCGAGUACAAACUCCAGAGCCAGCGCAUGGAUAAGUGCACCAUCCUUCACUACAGCCCCUUCAAGGCAGUGUGGGACUGGCUCAUCCUCCUCUUAGUCAUCUACACGGCCAUUUUCACGCCUUACUCGGCCGCCUUCCUCCUCAACGACGUGGAGGAGCAGAGUAGACGGGAGUGCGGCUACUCCUGCUCGCCGCUCAAUGUGGUGGACUUGAUCGUGGACAUCAUGUUCAUCGUGGACAUCCUCAUCAAUUUCCGCACCACCUAUGUCAACAGCAACGAGGAGGUGGUCAGCCACCCAGGCAAGAUCGCCGUCCACUACUUUAAAGGCUGGUUCCUCAUAGAUAUGGUGGCCGCCAUUCCCUUUGACCUACUCAUCUUUGGAUCGGGAUCCGAUGAGACCACCACCCUGAUCGGUCUGCUGAAGACGGCCCGCCUCCUGCGUUUGGUACGCGUCGCACGCAAACUGGACCGCUACUCCGAGUACGGCGCUGCCGUGCUCAUGCUGCUCAUGUGUAUCUUUGCCCUCAUCGCUCAUUGGCUAGCCUGCAUCUGGUACGCCAUCGGCAAUGUGGAGAAGCCGUAUUUGGAGCACAAAAUUGGCUGGCUGGAUAACCUGGGCUUAUCUAUAGGCAAAAAAUAUAACUACAGUGACCCAGGUUCCGGACCGUCCAUCAAAGAUAAGUACGUCACUGCCCUUUACUUCACCUUCAGCAGUUUGACCAGCGUGGGCUUUGGCAACGUCUCCCCCAACACCAACUCAGAGAAGAUCUUUUCUAUUUGCGUCAUGCUCAUUGGAUCACUAAUGUACGCCAGCAUCUUUGGGAACGUCUCGGCCAUCAUCCAAAGGGUGUAUUCCAGUACGGCCCGUUACCACCUCCAGAUGCUGCGAGUCAAAGAAUUCAUCCGCUUUCACCAGAUCCCGAACCCGCUUAGGCAGCGGCUCGAGGAGUAUUUUGAACACGCGUGGACGUACACCAACGGCAUUGACAUGAAUAUGGUCCUGAAGGGUUUCCCGGAGUGCCUCCAGGCAGAUAUCUGCCUUCACCUCAACAAGAACCUCCUGCAAGGCUGCAAGGCGUUUGGCGGUGCCACUAAAGGUUGCCUGCGGGCGCUGGCCAUGAGGUUCAAAACCACGCACGCGCCCCCCGGAGACACACUGGUUCAUUGCGGAGACGUGCUCAGCGUGCUAUAUUUUGUCACGCGCGGCUCCAUCGAGAUCCUCAAAGAAGAUGUCGUGGUGGCCAUCUUGGGCAAGAACGAUAUAUUUGGAGAAAUGAUCUACCCGUCAGCAAAGCCGGGAAAAUCAUGCGCUGAUGUGCGGGUGCUGAGCUAUUGCGACCUGCACACCAUCCAGCGGGGGGAGCUCUUGGAGGUUCUGGACAUGUAUCCAGAAUUUGCUGACCAUUUUAUGACAAACCUGGAGCUGACCUUUGACCUCUGUAAUGACAAUGCCAAGAGACCCAACACGCAAGACAGCGAUUCCUCCGUGGACCCUCAAAUGAAUUGGAGGAGAAUGUCGUCUUCGAUUGCCAAGGAGCGGCGACAUUCUGCCAUGGCUGCUGGAGAGCAUGAGGAGGAGGAGGAGGAGGAGGAGGAAGAGAAACCCAAACCUUGGCGUUCCAGCGCACUGGGCAAGCCACCGGUCCCGGACCAGCACAGCUCUGCCGCUGGGCUCGACACUUCCGAGCACCUCGAAGACCAGUGGACACUUACAAACCGAGAAAAGGAGUCACUCCGGGGUCAGGCGACGCCAGUCGAAGAGGACGACACCGAUACCGACCUCAGCUACGUGGAAGUGGACCAGCGGCUGGACAGGCUGCAACGGGACCUCAACAGGCUGGAGUCCCAGAUGACGGCCGACAUACAAGCCGUCCUCCAGCUCCUCCAGAGGCCAACUUCUUCCUUCCCGCCUGCCUACAGCGCCGUCCAGCCCGGAGGAACCGAGAUUGACCAUCAGGGUGCGGCAAGCGUCGGACAUACGGACAAGUCCUACUCCACAUCCACUUCUGGUCCUGGCACAGAGACUCAUCCAGGUGUGAAGAUAGCUGGAGUGGAGCAGAGACUUCCAGUGGGGAACAUGUCCUCUGUUGAGUGAUGCCCGUACCAGCUUUCCAGCAACGUCACCAGCAGCUCAGUACCAGCGGGACUCCGUGGACCAAGCCGUGUCUGACCUGCGGCACUCCCCAAGAUGACCAAGGACUUUUUUAGUUGGACUCAGGGUAGAAGAAUAUGCAAAGGAACAAAACACGACUUCCAUUCCUUUCCAGCAGUGUUUCCCAACCAGUGUGCAGUGUGCCGCCGUGAGAAAUUGUCCAACAUUAAAUACCCAGCGCAUUGUAAACAGGAUGGCCAAACCACAGGUCAGUUAGCGCAAGGCCUGCUCAGCCACUUGCUAAUCGUCCAUGCGUGGCAAAUCGGAGAAUCUUGACAUUUCAUGUUGCGCCAUCGGCACAGUUCACAGUUCCUGUGUGUGUUGCUGUUAGUGUUGGCUCGUGAGUGAACGAUUCGCUCAAAAGAACGAUUUGGUUUCAGUGAACGAGAGUCAACGAAUCACUUCCUAAAGUGACUCUUUUUUCAGUUCAUAUGACUUCAACAAGUAGGUGCCGGUAAUGCGUAUUGAAGCUGGUGCCACCUUGCCGCAAAUCAAAAUGAAAAAAGAAGCACGUUCACUUAAGCUUUUUCCCUAAUGAAGUGGCCUGUGAUUAGGUACACCUCAUGGACACUUCAACAGGUACACUACACGAGAUAAAUAAAUAAAUAAAUAAAUAAAUAAAUAAGAAAGUGUAGCGAACGAGU